AUGGAUCUCACCGUGAUCAAGACGAUUUUCCGCAUCCCUAUGACUAUCCUAUCAACCCUUUUCGUGCGGUACCAUGCGUUGCCUUCACUAAUAUUCAGGACCAUGAUGUGGUUCAAACGUCAUAGAAGGGGUGUGAAAGUGGAGCACGUGGAUUGUGAUGGCUACCGAUUCAGUUACUUCACGCGGGGGCAGCCCGGACCUCGGCCAUCCAUGCUGAUGCUUCAUGGUUUCUCUCUCGACAAAAACAUAUGGUUAAAUACAAUCCAACUCUUUCCUCGUAACCUCCACUUGAUCUGCCUUGACAUGCCCGGUCAUGGAGAAACCACUCGACUGCUGGGGGAAAGCUACACAGCUGCAGCUCAGACUAAACGGAUACACCAGUUUGUUGAGGCCAUUGGCCUGAGCAAAAAGCCUUUUCACCUGGUUGGCAUGUCUAUGGGAGGAAUGGUUGCCGGCGUUUAUGCUGCUCAGUACCCAUCUGAGAUUUUCUCCUUGUCCCUCCUUUGCCCAGCAGGUCUAAAGUAUCCAACAGAAAACGAAUUCUUCAUGCGCUUAAAAGAGCUGAUUCAGGCCAAGAACCCUGAGGAUACUACUCUUAUUCCAGUGACUGACAAGCAGAGCAAACACUUGUUCAAACUCUGCUUGCAUCGCCCCAACAUUAUAAACACACAGCUGCUGAAGGCUUAUCUCGAUGAUCGGAGACCACAUAAGAUGUUUUUCAUAACAUGUUUCUUAGACGUCUCCAGUGCUAAGUCCAGAUACAGCCUUCACGACAAUAUGAGCAAGAUUAAGGCACCUACACAGAUCAUUUGGGGACGGAGUGACAAGGGCCACCAGAAUGUGAAGAGAGGGCAGAAAGUGAAGGCAGGCCGCCAACACAAAGCACUUAUGUUGGACAAGGAUCAAAGGCAGAUAUUCAAGAGGAAGUUAAUAGCCUGGAAAGAAAGUCAUGAGAAUGGAAAAGCUGAUUCCCAAUUACCUGCUGCCUGGAACAUUUUGCACCUUCGGUUAUACAAAAUUGAAAAACGAAGCAAAACAAAAUCCUCGGUAUUUUGCUCAACGGGAAAUUUGAUUGGCUGCGGCAUACUGACAAUUGCUACCAGAAUUGAUUAAGGAUGGUUGUAACAGAACUAGGCUAACCCAACUGCAUCCAAAAGACUUGGGGUGAAAAAGAAGAACAGCUCUGUAAAACCAUAGGCUUAACUCCUGCAUAUCAGUCAAUACCAGUGUAGCACCACAAGAAAGCCCCACAACAACCUCUUUGGGACAGGCUUCCCACAGCUAUAGGACAGGUGCUGAGAACAUCCAUCUGCAUGCUACAACUUGACGUGGGAAGAAUGAGCACCAAUUUCUUGCCAGAUCAGAGAUUGUAUAAUAACGAGUCUUUUUGCUAAAGUCGGGAAUACCUCAUGUUGUAACAAUGCCGUGUGGAAAUAUGGGGAAAGUGUUAGAAUAUCAGAUACAGUGGUACCUUGGGUUACAUAUGCUUCGGGUUACAUACGCUUCAGGUUACAGACUCUGCUAAGUCAGAAAUAGUACCUCAGGUUAAGAACUUUGCUUCAGGAUAAGAACAGAAAUUGUGCUCCGGUGGCAUGGCGGCGGCAGGAGGCCCCAUUAGCUAAAGUGGUGCGUCAGGUUAAGAACAGUUUCAGGUUAAGAAUGGACCUCCAGAACGAAUUAAGAACUUAACCCGAGGUACCACUGUACAGU